CACUAUUGCAAAGGUGGAAGUUUUCUUUUUUUAUACAAAAAUUACGGUUAAGCAAAAAUUAUUUACCCAUCAAUGGAGAAAACAUCAUUUUUUGAGAGCCAAACUCAGAUGCCAUCACAGUUUACUUACUCGAUCACGAGUCCUGACGAUAAAAAUCUGAAACGUAAACGACGAAGGAAAUCCCCAAACCAACAAAUAGCUCAGAGACACGCAGCAAAUCUCCGUGAACGAAAACGUAUGCAAAGCAUUAACGAAGCAUUCGAGGGACUUAGAAAACACAUCCCGACAUUGCCUUACGAGAAAAGACUGUCCAAAGUGGAUACAUUACGCUUGGCAAUAGGUUACAUUGGAUUUUUAACAGAGAUGAUCAACUCUGAUAUGAGUCACAGUCAAGCUUUGCAACCUUCACGAACAGAACAACCAAGAAAAGUGAUGAUAUGUCAUCGAGGAUUCGCUUCUCAGAAUGAAUACGGCCUUCCACCGUUAACUGGCCAUUCACUAUCAUGGACUGACUCCAAAAAGACCAAACCCGUAACAUCAACUAUGACUGCGAAGAUUUGGACACCCGAAGACCCUAGAAUGGAUAAUCCUUCAAUGUUUACGUCUCCGUUAUGAAAGUACAACGACGCCUUAGUCUUACUUGGGGGAAACAAAGUUAAUGCCAAUUGUAUUUUAACAAAGUUCAAAUUAUUUUUUGAUAAACACAAAAAUAUGCUGCUACAUAGAGACAUGAAUAAGAUGGAUUUGCACUUUUUGUGUGCUUUCCUUGCUUAUCGAUAGGAUAUCCUCGACCUGGCGUGUCGUCAGACUGUAAUAUAGUGGACUGCUUGGUUAAGAUAAAAAGGAAAUAUUUAAAUAGAAAUCUAACAAAUCUUGUAAAUAGCUUUAAUAGUCAAUUUUUUCACAUCAA